CUGUUAGUCAAAUCGAUAGCUCUGAAAAAUCACAUGACGGUGUUCUGAAAAGGGUCGAAUUUUGGACAGUUUUCCUGGAAAAGAGAGGACCUAAAGGGCGGUCAAGAUGGGCUCGUUGUUCCGCAGCGAGGAGAUGGCCCUGUGCCAAUUGUUCCUGCAGAGCGAAGCCGCCUACGCCUGCGUGUCCGAACUCGGAGAGCUCGGACUCGUCCAGUUUCGAGACUUGAAUCCUGACGUGAAUGCUUUCCAACGCAAAUUCGUCAAUGAGGUUCGACGAUGCGACGAGAUGGAGCGAAAACUGCGCUACUUGGAGAAGGAAAUUCGCAAGGAUGGAAUUCCAAUGCUUGACACCGGCGAGAGCCCUGAGGCUCCACAGCCGAGGGAGAUGAUCGAUCUGGAGGCAACUUUUGAAAAGUUGGAAAACGAGCUCAGAGAAGUCAAUCAAAAUGCCGAGGCUCUGAAAAGAAACUUCCUCGAGCUGACUGAACUGAAGCAUAUCCUGCGGAAGACACAAGUUUUCUUCGACGAGGCUGAGUUUGGCCUGCCUCCACAGAUGGCUGACCCCAGCUCUCAGGACGAACAAGUCACCCUGCUAGGAGAGGAAGGACUCAGGGCUGGUGGGCAGACUCUUAAGCUAGGGUUUGUCGCUGGAGUGAUUCUGCGCGAGAGGAUCCCUGCCUUUGAGAGGAUGCUGUGGCGAGCUUGCAGGGGCAAUGUUUUCCUCCGACAGGCUGAAAUCGAAACUCCUCUUGAAGACCCGACCACCAGUGACCAAGUGCACAAGAGCGUCUUCAUCAUUUUCUUCCAAGGAGACCAGCUGAAGUCGCGUGUCAAGAAGAUCUGCGAGGGUUUCCGGGCCACCCUCUACCCUUGCCCUGAGGCGCCUUCUGACAGGAGGGAAAUGGCCAUGGGCGUGAUGACCCGCAUUGAGGAUUUGAACACCGUCCUCGGCCAAACCCAAGAUCACAGGCACAGGGUGCUGGCCGCAGCUGCUAAGAACAUCACCAACUGGUUCAUCAAGGUGCGCAAGAUUAAGGCCAUCUACCACACUCUGAAUUUGUUCAACUUGGAUGUGACCCAGAAGUGUCUCAUUGCUGAGUGCUGGGUGCCUUCGUUGGACCUGGAGACCAUUCAACUUGCUCUUCGUCGUGGAACGGAGAGGAGUGGAAGCUCUGUGCCACCCAUUCUAAAUAGAAUGGAGACCUUUGAAAAUCCACCAACUUAUAACCGCACCAACAAGUUCACCAGCGGUUUCCAGCAUUUGGUCAAUGCUUAUGGUGUUGCCAGCUACAGGGAGGCUAAUCCAGCCCCGUACACCAUCAUUACUUUCCCAUUCCUUUUUGCUGUGAUGUUUGGCGAUUUGGGACAUGGCGCGCUUAUGGCUUGUUUCGGAGGAUAUCUGGUGCUUAAGGAGAAACCACUCGCUGCUAAGAAGAUUCAAUCUGACGUCUGGACCAUCUUCUUUGGUGGACGCUACAUCAUUUUAUUGAUGGGCCUUUUCUCAAUGUACACUGGUCUGAUAUAUAACGACGUGUUCUCCAAAUCUUUAAACAUAUUCGGGUCCAAUUGGCAAAACAAUUACGAUGAGUCGACUUUGAUGGCUAACAAAGACCUUCAGCUCGAUCCAAACUCGACAGCUUAUUUGAAGUACCCGUAUCCCUUUGGACUGGAUCCCAUUUGGCAGGUGGCUGAAAACAAGAUCAUCUUUUUGAACUCUUACAAGAUGAAGAUCUCCAUCAUCUUUGGCGUUUUCCACAUGCUUUUUGGUGUGCUGCUGAGCCUUUGGAAUCACACCUAUUUCCGUGACCGCAUGAGCAUCUUGUGUGAGUUUAUCCCGCAGAUCAUCUUCAUGUGCUUCCUCUUCCUGUAUAUGGUCUUGCUGAUGUUCACCAAGUGGGUUGGCUAUAGCGCCGACUCACUAGACGUUAAGAGCGGUCCUUACUGUGCACCUUCCAUCCUCAUCACCUUCAUCAACAUGGUGCUGUUCAAGUCGAGCAAGAACCCAAGUGUUUGCGAUGACUGGAUGUUUGCUGGUCAAGGAGCUCUGCAGAAGUUACUCGUCAUCAUCGCCCUUCUCUGUGUGCCCAUAAUGCUGCUGGCCAAACCCAUCAUGAUUAUGCGUGCCCAAAAACAGCACCAGCCGUUGACAAAUGCUGGCCACACCAACACGGCUGCUGAAAAUGGAGACGCGGGAUACCAGAAUGAGGAGAUGAUGCAGCAGACCCAGACACAAGCACCCCAUCAGGAGGAGGAUAUUACUGAAAUUUUUAUCCAUCAGGGUAUCCACACCAUUGAGUACGUUUUGGGAUCUGUGUCCCAUACGGCUUCAUACCUUCGACUCUGGGCCCUUUCACUUGCUCAUGCUCAAUUGAGUGAGGUUUUAUGGAACAUGGUGCUGAGGAAUGGUCUUACCAUCAACGACUGGGUGGGAGGCAUUGUCCUGUGGGCCAUAUUUGCCUUCUGGGCAAUGCUCACUGUAUCCAUCUUGGUGCUCAUGGAAGGACUUUCUGCUUUCCUUCACACUUUGCGUCUUCACUGGGUGGAGUUCCAGAGCAAGUUCUACCAUGGUCAGGGCUACGGUUUUGCACCUUUCGCUUUCGAAGCCAUCCUCGACCAGGCUUCGACUAGCCCCGAGGACUAAAUCCUAGGUGCACCAACUGCCAGGUUCAGAGAACAAAAUACGUGGUAAAUUCAACUGUCCACGCAGCGCACAAUGCAAUGAACCAUUUACUUUGAGCCUGGCAGGGAUGAAUAGCAAUUAUUACUAUUAGCCGUUUGUCGUUGAUGUCGAAUCUAUUUAUCAUUCCACACUUAUACAAAAUGUUGAUCUUUUUGAGUUGAUCUGAGAGACGUUUCUAUAAAUGAGACAUGAUUAUUUUCCUCCCGUUUAAAGCAGAUCAAAUUGUUGUGUCGGGCGAUCAAAGCAUCUGUAGAUAUUGUUUACUUCAAAACUGUAAAUCUUUAUAAACUCUAUUUUAGUUGGUUUAAAGAAAUUAUAAUAUAUUGUUGGAUUGUACAUUAUGAAAAUAACUUGUGCUAUGUAAAAUGUUAAAAAAAAAUGCAUGCAUUCAACAUAAUGAAAUCAUUCAAGUAGCAGCAUGUAUCUUAAACAAAUUACUCGUUACAUGGUUAGUGUUGAAAAAAAUCUCAUGUCAUACAGGACAGGUGAUGUGCAUAAAUAAUUAUUGAAAAACACUGCAAGAGUAUUAAAAAUAUAUCGGAGUAAAAUCAAUUAAAUGCA